GCCGGACGUCCCCGCCUCCCACCCUCUCAGCCUCCGCUGGAGAGACCCACAGCCCCACCAUUCAGCGCGCAAGAUAUCCUCCAGUUUAUGCAUGUAAGAGUUAUGGACUCUCUUUGAGCAGUAUAGAGCAUUUAUGUUUGUACAGAACCCAAAUCAUUUGAUGCAGAAGUUUGGAUUAUUAAAGCUCAGAGGAAAAGAGAAAAAGCAUUUGAGCUGAAAACCAAGGAGUAAAUUCUAAUUGGGCAAAAGAAAGGAUUGCAGGUUUGACUUUUAACACCUCUUUAUGCCUUUGUUAAAGAGAUAUCAGGUGCCUGGACUGUGUAAUCACCAAAGAUAUGCAGAUCAAUAGAACUUAGGAGCAAGCAAACUCAUAUUCUAGCUAGAAACCCCAGAAAGACACAAAGAAGAGCAAUGCAUAGGGACUGGCAAGGGAAGAUGAUAGAAGAUUAAUGGAGAAAUCCUAGAGGUGCUGAAGGAAGAAUAGAUGGAACAUUGGGCAGUGUUCUUUCUUUUAAAUCAUUAACCUUUCAUUUCACCCUAACAAGACAGCAGAAUAAGUAAUCCUUGAACUUCAAACUAGUGAGUGUUUUUAAGGCCCUUCUUGGAAAAUGAAGGCUUGAACUGGCCUCUCCUUAUCACCGCUUCUUCCCACAGGCCCUCAUCACCUUUUUUCACGUCAAGAUUUCAUCCCAUACACGCAUGACUCAAUCAGAUUUGGAAACGUGGGUAAGAGAAAGAUGUCAAAGGAAAUAUGAAGUACUCACUUUUUUUUAUUAGUCACAACUUCUAGACCAUAGACUCCAAACAGAGGUGAAGCACCUGCUUUCCCUUUGGUUCAGAAAAACCAACCACCAGAAACUGCCCCUUUUACCAUUUCUAAUUAACUAUGGAGAAAGAGAAAUAAUAAGAUUUUUUAAAAAUCAGCCACUAGAUCCAGUAAUUUCCAAGGCCUUCUCAUCCAGCUCACCUCUCUGAACUAUAAUAAGCGUCCUGGAUACUGGUCACUUCAGGGGCUCAACAUAGUCAACUGGCAGAGAAAUUGAACCUACUAAGGAACUGCUUUCUUUUGCAGAGAUAUGCCCUGCGUGCAAGCCCAGUAUAGCCCUUCGCCUCCAGGUUCCAGUUAUGCAGUGCAGACCUACGGCUCGGAAUACACCACGGAGAUUAUGAACCCCGACUACGCCAAACUGACCAUGGACCUUGGCAGCACUGAGAUCACGGCCACCGCCACCACGUCCCUGCCCAGCUUCAGUACCUUCAUGGAAGGCUACUCGAGCAACUACGAACUCAAGCCCUCCUGCCUGUACCAAAUGCAGCCAUCGGGGCCACGGCCCCUGAUCAAGAUGGAGGAGGGCCGCGCGCACGACUACCACCAUCACCAUCAUCACCACCAUCACCACCACCACCAGCAGCAGCAGCCACAGCAGCCCCAGCAGCAGCCAUCCAUUCCGCCCCCAUCCGGCCCGGAGGACGAGGUGCUGCCCAGCACCUCCAUGUACUUCAAGCAGUCCCCGCCAUCUACGCCCACCACGCCGGGCUUCCCCCCGCAGGCGGGGGCGCUGUGGGACGACGCGCUGCCCUCGGCGCAGGGUUGCAUCGCUCCGGGCCCGCUGCUCGACCCGCCGAUGAAGGCCGUGCCCACCGUGCCCGGCGCGCGCUUCCCGCUCUUCCACUUCAAGCCCUCGCCGCCGCACCCGCCCGCGCCUAGCCCGGCCGGGGGCCACCACCUGGGCUACGACCCGACGGCCGCCGCCGCGCUCAGCCUGCCGCUGGGAGCCGCCGCUGCCGCUGCCGCCGCCGCCGCCAGCAGCCAGGCCGCCGCGCUCGAGGGCCACCCGUACGGGCUGCCGCUGGCCAAGAGGGCGGCCGCGCUGGCCUUCCCGCCGCUCGGCCUCACGGCCUCCCCCACGGCGUCCAGCUUGCUGGGCGAGAGCCCCAACCUGCCGUCGCCGCCCAACAGGAGCUCGUCGUCGGGCGAGGGCACGUGCGCAGUGUGCGGGGACAACGCCGCCUGCCAGCACUACGGGGUGCGCACCUGCGAGGGCUGCAAGGGCUUCUUCAAGAGAACGGUUCAGAAAAAUGCAAAAUAUGUUUGCCUGGCAAAUAAAAACUGCCCUGUAGACAAGAGACGUCGAAACCGAUGUCAGUACUGUCGAUUUCAGAAGUGUCUCAGUGUUGGCAUGGUUAAAGAAGUUGUCCGUACAGACAGUCUGAAAGGGAGGAGAGGUCGGCUGCCUUCCAAACCAAAGAGCCCAUUACAGCAGGAACCUUCUCAGCCCUCUCCACCUUCUCCUCCGAUCUGUAUGAUGAACGCCCUUGUCCGAGCUUUAACAGACUCAACACCCAGAGAUCUCGAUUACUCCAGAUACUGUCCGGCUGAACAGGCUGCGGCAGGCACGGAUGCCGAGCACGUGCAACAGUUCUACAACCUCUUGACAGCCUCCAUCGAUGUGUCCAGAAGCUGGGCAGAAAAGAUCCCCGGAUUUACUGAUCUCCCCAAAGAAGAUCAGACGUUACUUAUAGAAUCAGCCUUUUUGGAGCUGUUUGUUCUCAGACUUUCCAUCAGGUCAAACACUGCUGAAGAUAAGUUUGUGUUCUGCAAUGGACUUGUCCUGCAUCGACUUCAGUGCCUUCGUGGAUUUGGGGAGUGGCUCGACUCCAUUAAAGACUUUUCCUUAAGUUUGCAGAGCCUGAACCUUGAUAUCCAAGCCUUAGCAUGCCUGUCAGCACUGAGCAUGAUCACAGAACGACAUGGGUUAAAAGAACCAAAGAGAGUGGAGGAGCUAUGCAACAAGAUCACAAGCAGCUUGAAAGACCACCAGAGUAAGGGACAGGCCUUGGAGCCCAGCGAGCCCAAGGUCCUGGGCGCGCUGGUGGAACUGCGCAAGCUCUGCACCCUGGGCCUCCAGCGCAUCUUCUACCUGAAGCUGGAAGACUUGGUGUCUCCACCGUCCAUCAUCGACAAGCUCUUCCUGGACACCCUGCCUUUCUGAACAGGAGCAGCCAGAGAGGGGAGCCACCUCAGUGGCCAGCAUCUUCUUGCUAAGCAGCAGAGGAAUGGGUCUGGACACCUACCGUUUUCUGUCCUUCCUUAAGAGGAGAAGCAGCUCCUGUAGAAAAGACUUUUUUUUUUUCUUUCUGGCACUUUUCCUUACAACCUAAAGCCAGAAAACUUGCAGAGUAUUGUGUUGGGGUUGUGUUUUAUAUUUAGGCUUUGGGGUUGGUUGUGGGAGGGGAGGGUAUAGUUCAUGAGGGUUUUCUAAGAAAUUGCUAACAAAGCACUUUUGGACGAUGCUAUCCCAGCAGGAAAAAAAAAAAAAAAAAGGAUAAUACAACUGUUUUAAAACUUUCUGGGGAAUACAAUUAUAGUUGCUUUGUAUUUAAAAACAAGAACAGCCAAGGGUUGUUCGCCAGGGUAGGAGGUAUCUUGACGUUGAUCUUUAGAAUACACUUCCUGUAUCAAGGGUAUAUAUGUGAUGCAAAUGAGGCAGAAAUUCUCUCUUCUUAAUUUCUCUCUU